CGACAGUAGUCCUGACUGACCAGCUUCCAGGGCAGCAGUGGUGGUGAAGUUUGAAGGGGAAAAUUCAGACUUCGCAAACACUCCGCAAGCUAGCCAAACAGAAGACUGACGCAGUCCACAACUAGACAGCAGCUAUGGACGAUUUAGACGCAUUACUGGCAGACCUGGAAUCGACAACAUCCCAUAUCUCAAAGCGACCAGUGUUCUUGCCUGACGAGACCCCCUACUCCAUCCCUACAGGAGGACACUCCUACCAAGAUGUUUCACUUCCACCUCCAGUCCCUCCUCCACCUUCAGCCGAAGCUCUGAAUGGGUCCCUGAGAGAUCAGCCCGACUCCCACCACUCCUCUCAGCAGUCUUUAGGGUCAGCCCAGAAGAGCUCAUGGUCCAGGGACAGUAGCAGUUCUCCAUUAUCUCACAUUGAAGAGGACCACGUUUACAGUUUCCCAAACAAACAGAAGACAUCAGACUCAGCUACAACGGCCAUGACUUCUGCCUUGGGCAGUAACCUCUCAGAGCUUGAUCGGCUUCUGCUGGAACUUAAUGCUGUACAACAGAGCUCCCCUUCAUUUCCCACUACAGAGGAGGCAGCUCCACCCUUGCCAUCCUGUAGCAUCACCCACUAUGAAAAUGGCGGCACACCUGACAUCCUGGUAAGCCCACCACCUCAGGAAAAACCCAAGAGGAAUGGGAGAAUGGAGGAUGCCCGACCCACCGUGGAGAGUCUGCUGGAUGAGCUGGAAGGCUCAGUGCCUUCACUCAGCCCCUCCACCCGCCACAGUGACUUGGACACAUCCUCUCAACAGCAGGCCAGAAUUUCAGCUUCCUGUGCCACCAGAGAGCUUGAUGAGCUGAUGGCCUCUUUGUCUGACUUCAAGAUAAUGGCCCAAGGGAAAGGUGGUGUCCCCAGUGGGCCCCCAACACAGGUUAACAAGUUGGACAACAUGCUUGGCAGCCUGCAGUCAGACCUCAACAAACUGGGCGUGCAGACAGUAGCUAAAGGAGUUUGCGGAGCCUGCUGUAAGCCGAUUGUAGGACAGGUGGUGACAGCCAUGGGCCGCACAUGGCACCCUGAACACUUCGUGUGCACACACUGUCAAGAGGAGAUCGGCUCCAGGAACUUUUUUGAACGUGAAGGACAGCCCUAUUGUGAGAAAGAUUACCACAAUCUAUUCUCUCCUCGAUGCUACUACUGCAACGGGCCCAUACUGGAUAAAGUUGUGACGGCGCUGGAUAGGACAUGGCAUCCGGAACAUUUCUUCUGUGCUCAGUGUGGAUCUUUCUUUGGCCCAGAGGGUUUUCAUGAAAAGGAUGGAAAAGCCUACUGCAGGAAAGAUUACUUUGACAUGUUUGCACCAAAAUGUGGCGGCUGUGCCAGAGCCAUUCUGGAAAAUUACAUCUCAGCUCUGAACUCUCUUUGGCAUCCCGAGUGUUUUGUUUGCAGGGAGUGCUUCACCCCGUUUGUGAAUGGAAGCUUUUUUGAGCAUGACGGCCAACCCUACUGUGAAGUGCACUACCACGAACGCCGCGGCUCCCUCUGCUCUGGCUGUCAGAAGCCCAUCACGGGGCGCUGCAUCACAGCCAUGUCCAAGAAGUUUCACCCGGAGCACUUUGUCUGCGCCUUCUGUCUGAAACAGCUCAACAAAGGCACAUUUAAAGAGCAAAAUGACAAACCCUACUGCCACGGCUGCUUCAUCAAGCUGUUCAGUUAGAGAGUAAGGGAGAACACUUAACACUGCCACAUUUGGGUCAGGGCUAAGAUAAGAGUCUGAAGCAUUUCUACCACAGGGAGGGUGAGAAUGGAUUUAGUGAUGGUGUUGGAAGCGUGUAUGGGCUAAGUAUGUGCAUGUGGUUGAAGCAGCAUGCUGCUUCUGCCAGACUAAAUGUUUAUCAUGUGAUUCAGAUUUUUUUUUUUUUUUUUUUUUGGACUGACAGCAGUUUAUUUUGAAGCUUUUAUGGGUUGUGAGUGGGUGACUAAAUCUGAUGAAGGUGUAUUCAGUCUUUAAAGGACAUUUAAAAUCUUUUAGAAUAAGAAAUAUUUUGUUUGUUUUUUUUUCCUUCAAAUCAGCAACUUUUCUCCCAGUCUCCUUAGAUGUAUUGAAGCAAACGGCUGUCCCUCCUUUUUGUGUGUGUAACCUUCAAAUCAUUUUGUUUUUGAAUCAUUUUAGUUUCUAUCUUUUUAGAAGGUGAUCAAUUCUUACUGAGCACACUGACACUGAAUCCUAUGAAACACUCUGUUUGAUAAAGUUACUCACUGGUUGAGUGCGUCAUUUUAGAAAAAGAAAAAAACGAUGUUGCAGGGAACAGGUGACCUGUUGUUUUUACACAAUAUAAACCGUUUUUUACAAAUGAUGAGGAUAAAAGGCUUUUAAAUAUGUUCUUCCUUGGUAUAAAGUCAGACAAGGCACACCUUUAUAUCACUUAUGUUUUAUGGGUGAAAUGCAUCUUUAGUGCCCCUUGAUCAGAAAGUCCUGUCUAGUAUAUAAAUUUUAUAGUUAAGGUUGGAUACUGUGUUACAAAGCAGUUAAAUGCAAACCAUAGAUGGAUUAAUAUUUCACUCAGUAUGUAGCCAUCAGCAAUCACUGCAGUGUUCACUCUUUGUUACACAUGCUGCCAAAUCAUUCCUUAUUGUUCCUCUGAAGAGAGGCUCUAAAAACAGUUUGUUGGAUUUGUCUCAUAUAGUAAGGUGAAACUGCACAGAAAUAUUGGGAGUACAUUGUGUAUGUGCUACACUACCGUUACUGUUUCUAAGUACAUCCUGAGAAUUUUUUUUUUUUUUUUUUGUGUACAUAUCCAAUGCAGCUACAUUGUAAGCAAAGCGCUGGCAUGCUUGGCAUGUACAUGUGUUUAAUAACCACUUGUUUAAAGAAAGAAAGGGCUGCUGGGAAGGCAUAGCAAAGAUAUUUGGAUCUUUGCUGUUAUUACUGUAUUGAGAAGCUGAUGAAUGUUUGUUUUUGAAAGAAUGCAAACCGUACACAAAAUAUGCCUGUGAUAUUCCGAUAACUAUGCAACUGUGGAUUAACAACUUUGUAUCUCAGCGUCAGCAACUAUUUCUUAGGCUGUCUGUGCCAUUGUAUCAUGUCUAAUAACACUGGCAAAUUCAGCAAAAUACUGAGUGGUCAAGAGUCCACUGUCCUGUUUUCAUGUUAUUAGUCUGUGAGUCUGUAAAAAUGAGAGCCUGGUGGUCUGCUAGAAUAACUCGUAGGACUAAGAUAACUCGUCUCCCUCAGCGUCUGAGUACCAUCUACUGUAUGGCCACCAGGUUGGGUCUGUACAUGGUUAUUCAUACACAGCAGAUAGAUUUGGCCUUUUGUCUUGUUCAGGGAAUUCUAGAGCCUUAAUUCUCUUUCUCACUGUAUUUAAGAUAUCCUGUAACAGAUGUCUUUUCAGAUGACUUUAGUAGAGGUUAUUAUAACCAAAGCCAUAUCUUCUUUCAGUUUUUCUUGUCUGUUCACUUUUUUUUUUCUUUUCACUUUGGAUGUCAAUAGAUAAAAAUCUCUGUUCUAGCCUGAUUAUGCCAAUAAAUUCUUUUUUGGUAUCGAAA